AUGCUCAACAGUGACGAACAGUCGUCCAGAAACCAACGAGGUUUCUCUAGCACCGACGACGGUUUGAAGAUCAAGGCACAUAACGAGGAACUCACUUACGCCCACGAAGUUCCGGACGACGCGUUUGACAUUGAGGAAGCAGGUUGUGUGCGGCAGCCUACGAUUUCGACCGUUUUCGGACCGCAAGCAAACAAAGAGUCUGCGUCUGCAAACGAAAUCACUCAGCAUGCAUCCCACUAUGCACCCGCAAACAAACCAAGCGGCAACGUACACUCUGACGUGGCCAUCAGCUUGGGUGAAACCACCAAAAACGUUUACCAGAUGAAGCGACAGGACCCUGAAGAUCUAUGCGUCGACAAAGCUAAGGUGGCGCCGCGUGUCCAUGCAAGGGAACCGAAGUAG